AUGCGGGGUCUGUGGUCGGGCGUCCUUGCCCGAGGCGGAUGUGGUCACCAGCCACCCCAGCCCGGGCUGGAGACUGCGCAAGAGGUGCGGACCUCAGGUGGAGAAGAGGAGUGCAGUAGGCGGCAGUGGGGUUGGCAGGAAGGGGAGGAGGAGCCCGUGCCUCACCUCGUCCCUCCCAGCCGGAACGGCGGCCCCUGCGGUGCGACCGAGGUGGCCUCCUGGACAAGUGCCAGCGCUCGCCCACCUGAAACCGGCCCUGGGCCGCCAUGCGCGACUGAGCCGGGGCACAAACCCCAGGCACGGCGCCCGCAGCGGGGCCCUCCUCACCGGGGCGCGGGAGGCGGACGGGCCCUUCCCCAGGACGGAGAAGGGGCGCGGGACGGGGUAGGAGUCGUGAGCCGCUGGGCGACAGAGAGGCACUUAAGUUCACCGGGAUUGAAGCAGGUUGAAAUUCGUGACGCAUUCCAGGGAGUCGUGUUGUGGUUCUUGAGGCUGAAGAACAUCUUUGACUUCUCUCGGGCCACUUUUAACCUAGUUCUCACCAUCUUCAGCCACCUCCUGGUUUCUGUGCAGAUAAAAGGAGGUCACUCCAAUUGCAUCACAAUUAUUUCCUUGAGACUGGCUGUAAAAGUUAAUGAAGAAGAGUAUUUAAUUCCACGCAUAAAAGACUUCAUAAAGCACUAUGGCUCUGGCUAUACCCCAAAUGAGCUGCUGAGGAUGGAGUUGGCUAUUCUGGACAGACUGCACUGGGACCUCUGUAUCGGGACACCGCUGGACUUCUUGACUAUUGAAAAGUAUGGGGUUUUCUGUUCUAACAAAAAUCAUAGUUUCCAAUUCCACGCCCUGGUGGUCCUGAGCUGGCCCCAUGUGGUGGAGCUGCUGCCUCAGAGGAAUCCUUCCCUCCACGUCGCAUCCCUGACCAGGCAGCUGCAGCACUGUAUGGCGGGCCACCAGCUGCUGCAGUUCAAGGGCUCCACACUGGCCUUGGUCAUCAUCACCUUAGAGUUGGAGAGGCUCAUGCCCGACUGGUGUACUCCUAUAUCUGAUCUGCUAAAGAAAGCACAGGUCAGCACUGAGUAGUACAACUGCUGCAAGGAACCUGUAAAGCAGCAGCUGAGAAGUUUUUAGUCAUCCUCCUACACUGACAAUUUUCUGUUUCAUCUGCCAACCAGCCUCUCUACCCCUACCCCAGUGCCUUCAGAGAAUGGGAACCCUUCUUGCUUGGACUCCUAUGAAUUCUUUGGUUUUAUGACUCCUGUAACAAGAAGGGAAGAAGGCCCUGGAAGAGCAACUGAGAAAAAGUUCCUGACAGUCCUUAGAAGUGGGGGAGGGGGAGGCAGGUCGGGGUCUGUAGAUGUAAGAGUGGUUGGACAGACCAUGACCCUGCCUUUGCUCCCUCUUCUUUGGGCCUGAAACCAGGAGGAAUGAAUGAAUGCUCAAACUACAGCUUGUUUUUCCUUCCUUCUCCAGCAAGGGUUGGUACUGGCCCCUAAAAGAGCUGGAAUAUGAGGCCAGAAGGUGGGCAUUGCUCAGGGAUGAAGGGCCAGAGCUGGGCAGAUCCUUUCAACUUCCUAGGCUUAUCCCAAACACAUGUGCAGUCUUUCAAGUCAGCUACCCUGCCUGCCACUCCAAAAAUGGGACAGUCUCUACAGCUACAUUUAUCCUGACAUGACCAUGACAUAUGCCUUCUCUUCACAAGGACUAAAUUAUAAAGUAUGCUUUGUUUAAUGUACAGUAACUUGAGCAAGCUUUAAGCAUACUUUUCCUUUAUUAAUCUUAAAUGAAGUAGUUUAAAUUAUUAGUUUAACUAGAGAAAUUUUAUGCUAACCCAUGGGUAUUACAGGUUAACACCUAUGACGAGGAGGUGAAGCUCUGAGAAACUUUUGAGAUGAGCAGGUUCUGAGGCCGAGCCUGUUCCAGCCACUGUGCUGCCAGGAAGAGGAGGGGGUUACGAGCAUGGCUGUGAGGGAGAAGCCAGCUGUCUCUCUGAAGCUGUGAUACUAUAGAGCCAUUCUCUAAGCAGUGGAGUCCAGCUGACAAUGAUGCCAGCUGGAGCUGUGUAAGUAGUGUUGGGGAUAUGAAUGACUGAGCCACUCAUUUAGAGGUGGUUUGUGAAGUCUUUCCUCUGUGAACAGUUUUUUUGUAAAUGUGCUAAGCCAUGGGGGAUGGGGGAUAUGAUCUAUUACUAGGUGCAAAGUGGUCAAGGGCCAGAGGUACUAUAAUUGUCUAUACUACAGAAUCAGUGUACAUUUCUAUCUUUUCUUGACACACACUUCCUUGUUGGAGCUUUUGCAAAAAUAAACUUUAAUUGCUUUCAAUGCUA